AGAAAUGUGUUCGCUUAGCUUUUUUCAGCUGAAAUUUACAACGCAUAAUAACAGUAAUAAGUAAAACUUCUAAAAUAUUACAUUUUUUAACUACGAAUUAAUACAUCGCUAUAGCUAAACUCCAUCAUAACCACGCAUAACAGGGGCAUGCUUUGUCUAGGGCAUCGAGGGGGUAUAGCAGUUGUAGUCGUACCUAUUACAGGAGGAGGAGGUCAUCGUGGUCAUCAUGGAGGAGGAGGAGGUGGCCGUUGUCACACUUGCGGAGGAGGUUACGGAGGAGGAGGAAGUGGUAGUUGGUCCAGUGCCCAAUCCUCAGCUUCUUCUGGAAGUUACGGUUGGGGAAAGAAAAAAUGAGCAGAAUAGGAUAUAAUUAUGGAACGUGUUGCCAUCGAUGAUUUAUGCUGCCUUCAUGUUUAUUACACACAGUACACGCAGUACAAAAGAGCGCAGGUCCUUCAAACACUGCGAAUCAUCACAAAUAAAUGUAAAAAUAAUAUCUACGUAUUAACACAAUAUUCGAUGACAUCCUUAAAAUAUUGUUAAUAAUAUAAUGUGUUCCUCUUCAUUCGUUUGUAUAACUUGUAUUGGCGUACGGUAGCCGCGAAUAAAUAACAAAAACAGGUUUGGCUCUAACAAAAA